AUAUCUUAAUUGAUAUUAUUGUUAAUCCAUUUUAUAAAACACAUUGACGUAACAUCACGUGACGUGAAAUUUUUCUAUAAUAUCAUUGAAAAAUUAGACAGUUAAAACACCUGCUAAGUCCCAAAUUUCCAUAGCAACUGAUCCACACAGCUGCAUGAUGUAUUGAAAGUUAAAAAAUGUGAACAUCGACGUUCGUGCAUGACGAUGUAGUGUUAGCUAGUAGUCUCACCUUCUAUGUUAAUGGCAACUAGGAUUUCUGGUAGUGACAACAAUGAUUCAUUACCUUCCAUUUCUAGUCCUGGCAAUCAUUUAUCGCGAAAUAUUGAGUCAAAUCAUGAAAUGAGCACGAAGAACGAUAAAGUGAAACGAAAACGUUUUCAUGGUUUUCGCACACUCCUCAAUGGUGAUCGUCAUCAACAUCCAAAAUUUACAAUAACUGAUGAAAGUAAAUCAACCUCCAUAUCCCUUGAACAUCUUCCCUCAGUAUCCUCUCAACCUUUACCUUCUUUAUCUCCCCAACAUUCACCCUCUUUAUCCUCUCAAAAUUUAUCGUCUUCAUCAGUUAAACAUUUACCUCCUUUGUCUCCUCAAUCUUCAUCUCUUGUCUCAAGUUCUUCUUCUUCUCCCCUUUUUAUUUCCUCUUCACAAUCAUCGAGCAGAGUCAACAGGCUUUCUGUUGGUAGAAGCUUUAUCUGUAUGGAGAAAAACCUUUGUUCAAUACCUACAACGCGUUGUGUCUCUUGCGAAAGCCUUCUUACUCGUGAAGGUAGCUUUGAUUUGCAAGAAAGAAAUGAAACUGGUGAAAGGGAUGUUUCUGCCUUUGAAAAUGUUCGUCGGAAUAGUGGAGAUUUCGACAGUAAAUCUCAAGAACAUUGCAAUUUACGAAACCACGACAUGUCAUUAAAGGAUAAAAAGACGGACCUUUUUCAAAAUCCUGAAGAAUUAAGGAGGGCUUUUAAACAAGCGAAAGCGGUCAAGAAUUAUUCAACAGUUGUUAAUUAUAUGCAACAUGUGUUUAGUUCAUUGUAUACUUUGGCUAAAACAUUUAAGGUUAGCGACAACAAUUUAGGAUGUGGAUACAAUGUUCAAUUUGUUGACGUCGUUUUUCAUUUACUCAUGAAAUUGCCUAGUGAUAAUCGGAAAACCAUUCUUAAGUCUGUUGUUGUUUGUUUGCUGAAUAACAUCAAAGUAAAACAAGAGAAGGCUCAUUUGCUUGGAUAUUUGAUUUUACUGCAGAAUCCGCAAUUUGAUAACCCUUCAUCGCAUCUUAUAUUUUCAACUCUUUUAAAACAAAUGAACUCUCUUUCUGAUAGACAACAUGAAACAUUGGUACAUUGGAUGUGUAGGUUACCUGUUGCAAAUUUCAAGGAUAUUGUCAAUCGUCUUAAAGAGUUUGUUUGUCUGUCACAUUUCAAAAAGCAUGUUGGUGAUUCGUCUUCUCUGAAAGAAACUCGUUCAUGGGUGAUUUCUGCUGUGAAAAUUCUAUCUUUAUGCAAUGCGUCUAACUGGGUAAACGAAACACCGAUAGUUUCUUACCAAUAUAUGUACAUGGUCGAGUUAAAUAAUCUUAAGUUGGAAGAUGAAUAAAAAUGGCAGAACAGAUCAGGGUAGAAUUAUUCUUGUUAUAGUGACAAGUUUUCAUUUUGUCAAUUCCCAUUCCUACUGACGCUCAAUGCCAAACGCUUCCUUUUGCAAAAGGAUUCUGAAAUACAAAUGAUAGAAAUAGCCAGGCGGAGCCUUUUGCAAGGUGUUAGAAAACGAAAGCUUCCAGCCGUCAACAUGUUGUUUCUUCAUCUAAAAAUUCGUCGAAAUAAUCUCAUGUUAGAUUCAUUGAACGAGAUUUCUCGGAAUCGAGGAAACUUAAAGAAAAAACUAAAAGUUACUUUUGUUGGUGAACCAGGAAUUGAUAUGGGUGGUCUGACUAAAGAAUGGUUCAUGUUGCUUGUUCGUAAGAUUUUCCGACCAAAAUAUGGUAUGUUUCAGUUCAACGAAAAAUCAUCCUGUUAUUGGUUCACUAACAUAGCUGUCGAUAAUCUUGCUGAAUUUAAUCUUGUUGGAGUUUUGAUGGGUUUAGCUGUGUACAAUUCAACUAUACUAGAUAUUCGAUUUCCAUUAUGUUGCUACAAAAAGUUGCUGAGUCCUCCUGUAGUUCCAUAUGAUCCUAAUACAACAGUUGGGAUCACUAAACUAACUCUUCGUGAUCUAAAAGAAGUAAACCCGGAACUUGGUAAAGGUUUACAAGAACUUCUAAACUACGAAGGAAAUGUUGAGGAAGAUAUAUGUCAGACAUUUCAGGUAUCUUUUUCCCGCUUUGGAUCUGUUGUAACUGAAGAUUUAGUUGAAAAUGGUCAUUUGAUUCCAGUAACGAAUGACAACAGACGAGAUUAUGUUGACCUAUAUGUGGACCAUAUUCUUAAUAAAUCAAUACAGGCUCAGUUUAAUGCAUUCUAUUAUGGAUUCCACAGUGUUUGUGCAUCAAAUGCUCUUAUUAUGUUACGUCCAGAGGAAGUUGAAAUGUUAGUCUGCGGAAAUCCUGUAAUAAACAUGAAGGAACUGCGUAAAGUUACAAUCUAUGAUGCUUAUUCAAAACAUGACCAAAUCAUCAGAUAUUUUUGGGACAUCGUUGAAAACUUCUCUGAUUCUCUGAAGAGAAAACUAUUACGAUUCUGUACAGGAAGCGAUCGUAUUCCAGUCGGUGGAAUGUUGGAAAUGGAUUUCAAGAUUACGAGGACGGUUAAAGUUAGCGAAGAGAUGUUACCUAUGGCACACACCUGUUUUAAUCAGCUUUGUCUACCAAAGUACAAGACCAAACAGCAGUUAAAGAAGAAAUUGACGAUUGCUAUUUCGAAUUCAGAAGGCUUUGGUAUUGAAUGAAUACUAACUCCAGUUGAAAGUUGUGCUAUGAUUGACAAUAGGGAGUUUUAGCAGAGCCUACGAGUACGACUACGAGUACGAUUUACGUCAUUUUGGCGCGAAAACAU